GGUAAGCCAUGGCUUUGCAUGCAAUGCUUUUGCCACAAAAAUUGGUACUUGGUGCCUUCAUUUUAGCAGCAAUAGCAGCAUCUCAACCUGAUUCGAGCUGCAACGACACAUGUGGAAAUGUUAGUGUUCCAUACCCAUUUGGAACAAGAGAGGGAUGUUACCUUGAUCCCUCUUUUCUCAUCACAUGUGACGACUCGUCCGGGACUCCACAACCAUUUCUGGGCGAAAGAAAUAUACCUGUCCUCAACAUAUCAUUAUUGGAUGGUGAACUGCGAGUCUCAAACUUGGUAGCCUAUGAUUGCUACAACGAGUCCGGGUUCCCUGUCUACUAUUCUUAUACCCAGUUCAGAUUCUCAGAGUUUCCCAUCUCAUAUAGGAGGAACAAGUUCACUGUCGUCGGUUGCGACACUUACGCGUAUAUUAAAGGUUCAGGGUUACACAACUACUCGAUUGGACUUGAUGCAUACUGUGACCACAUUGACAGCGUGGUUGACGGGUCUUGCUCCGGCGUUGCCUGUGCCCAGACUUCUAUCCCAAAAGGAAUAUCGAGUUUGAAUAUUACUGUUUAUAGCUACGAGAACCACUCCGCAGUACGCAGCUUCAAUCCAUGUGGUUUCGCUUUUGUAGUGGAGGCAGAAGCAUACGACUUUUCCUCCUCAGAUCUUCAACAAUUGGCGAACACAAAGUCCCUAGUGCUUGAUUGGAGAGAGUCCUUGCCCAUAGUGCUUGAUUGGACGGUCGGAAAUGAGACAUGCGAAGAUGCUCAGAAAAGUACGACAAGCUAUGCAUGUAAGGCGGAGUAUAGUUAUUGUUACGACUCCACCAAAGGCUUCACCAACGGUCCUGCGUAUCGUUGCAAUUGCUCCACUGGCUUUCAGGGGAACCCAUACCUUCCUGGUGGUUGCACAGAUAUUGAUGAGUGCAAGAAUCCAGAGAGCUGCGAUAAUAAGACUCAAAUAUGCAACAACUUUCUUGGGGGUUUCAAUUGUUCUUGUCGCAAGGGGUACGAAGAAGAUGAAAGCGGAAAAAGUUGCCGUGCAAAAGUGAACCAAUCUAGGGUUAUCAUUAUUGCUUUGGGUGUCAGCAUAGGCCUCUUAGCACUGGUUGUGGGAGGUUCUUUGAUAUCUUGGGUACUUAAAAGAAGAAGGCUUCUCAAGCUCAAAGAAAGAUUCUUCAAACAAAAUGGUGGAUUAAUGUUACAACAGAAACUCUUGAGUCAUAGAGGGUCAGUCGAGACAGAUAAAAUCUUUAGUUCAAAAGAGCUUGAAAAUGCCACUAACAACUACGACAAGAGUAGAGUUCUUGGUCAGGGAGGCUAUGGAACUGUUUACAAAGGAGUGUUGCCAGAUAACAAAGUAGUUGCCAUUAAGAAGUCCAAAAUCAGUGAUCAGAGACAAAUUGAACAAUUCAUAAACGAGGUGGUUGUGCUUACCCAAAUUAACCAUAGGAAUGUGGUUAAGCUAUUAGGUUGUUGCUUAGAAACAGAAGUGCCCUUACUAGUUUAUGAAUUCAUCACAAACGGGACUCUUUCUGACCACAUUCAUAAUAAAAGCCUAUCAUCGUCACUUUCAUGGGAAAAGCGUUUGAAGAUAGCAGCUGAAACUGCAGGAGCACUUGCAUACUUACACUUUUCAGCUUCUAUGGCAAUUAUACAUAGGGAUGUGAAAACUACAAACAUAUUGUUAGACGAUAACUACAUGGCAAAAGUGUCUGAUUUUGGAGCUUCAAAGCUGAUACCUCUUGAUCAAACACAGUUAACCACUUUGGUGCAAGGAACUUUCGGGUACUUAGAUCCCGAAUAUUUAUAUACUAACCAACUAACAGAAAAAAGUGAUGUUUAUAGCUUUGGCGUUGUUUUGGCAGAGCUAUUAACGGGAAAUGAGGCACUCUCUUUCAAUAGGCCCGAAAGUGAUCGAAAUCUGGCAAUAUACUUUGUUUCCGCAAUAAAAGAGGAUCGCCUGCUUGAAAUUCUUGAGGAUCACAUUGUGAAUGAAGGUAAUAUUGAAGAACUAAAGGAAAUUGCUAAUCUUGCAAAAAGAUGCUUAAGGAUACGAGGGGAAGAUAGGCCUUCAAUGAAGGAAGUGGCGAUGGAGUUGGAGGGAUUAACUGUUAUGGGGAAGCAUUCAUGGGGAAAGGCCGAUAUCUACACGGAAGAGACUGAGUACUUGCUCGAUGUCCCUGCACACUCUUUCAACAUUGAUGUUGGCACUUCGACUACUAGGUACGAUAGCAUGCCAAACCAGCUACUAGAACCACUAGAUGAUGGGGGUGAUUCAACGUUGUCGGCUGCACAAAGAAAGACCGAGUUUAACAAAAGAAAAGAGACACAGAAAAGGCAAGCCAUGGCUUUCCGUGGAAUGCUUUUGCACCAAAAAUUGCUACUUAGUGCCUUCAUUUUAGCAGCAACAGCAACAGCUCAGCCCGAUUCGAGCUGCAACAAGACAUGUGGAAAUCUUAGCAUUCCAUACCCAUUUGGAACAACCGAUGGCUGUUACCUUGAUUCAUCUUUUCUCAUCACUUGUAACUACACGUCCGGCGCAGGCACUCCAACACCAUUUCUGCGCAAAGGUAAUAUACGUGUCCUCAACAUAUCACAGGAUGGUGAACUGCGAGUCUUAUCCUUGGUAGCCCGUGACUGCUACAACGAGUCGGGGCUUCGUGUCAACCGCACAAAUUCCCAGUUCACAUUGUCGAAGUUUCCCGUCUCAUAUACGAGGAACAAGUUCACUGCCGUCGGUUGCGACACUUACGCGUAUAUUUCGGGGGAAGUUGAUGAAGGUAAUUCAGAAGUAAAGAACUACACGACUGGAUGUUUAUCACUCUGUGACAAAAUUGACAGCGUGGAUAACGGGUCUUGCUCUGGCAUUGGCUGUUGCCAGACUUCUAUCCCAGAAGGGUUAAGAGAUUUGACUGCUACAGUUCGGAGCUUCAACAACCACUCCGUAGUACUCGGGUUCAAUCCUUGUGGUUUCGGUUUUGUGGUGGAAGAAAAAGCCUACAAUUUUUCUCCCUUAGAUCUUAAAAGUUUACAGGAUAGAGUGACCGUUCCCGUGGUGCUUGAUUGGGCAGUAGUAAAUGACACAUGCCCGGAUGCUCAAAAGAAUUUGACGAGCUAUGCAUGUAAGGCUGCACAUAGUGAAUGUUACAAUUCCACCAACGGUCCAGGGUAUCGUUGCAAUUGCUCCGGUGGCUUUCUGGGGAACCCAUACCUCCCCCAUGGUUGCUUAGAUAUUGAUGAGUGCAGCAACAAUCUAGACAACUGCGAUAAAGAGACUCAAAUAUGCAACAACUUUCCUGGGGGUUUCGAUUGUUCUUGUCGUGAGGGGUACGAAGGCGAUGGAAGCGGAACAAGUUGCCGUGCUAAAGUCAACCAAUCUAAGGUUAUUAGUACUGCUUUGGGUAUCAGCAUAGGCCUCUUAUCACUGGUCGUAGGAGGUUUUUGGAUAUCUUGGGCACUGAAAAGAAGAAAGCUUCUUAAGCUCAAAGAGAAAUUCUUCAAGCAAAAUGGUGGAUUAAUGUUACAACAACAACUCUUAAGUCACAGAGGGUCUGUGGAGACAGAUAAAAUCUUUAGAGCAGAAGAGCUUGAAAAGGCCACCAACAACUACGACAAGAGUAGAAUCCUUGGCCAGGGAGGCUAUGGAACUGUUUACAAAGGAGUGUUGCCGGAUAACAAAGUGGUUGCCAUUAAAAAGUCUAAAAUCAGUGAUCAGAGUCAGAUUGAGCAAUUCAUAAAUGAGGUGAUUGUGCUUACCCAAAUUAAUCAUAGGAAUGUGGUUAAGUUAUUAGGUUGUUGUUUAGAAACAGAAGUGCCCUUACUAGUUUAUGAAUUCAUUACAAACGGGACUCUUUCUAACCACAUUCAUAAUAAAAGCCUAUCAUCCUCUCUCUCAUGGGAAAAGCGUCUGAAGAUAGCGGCAGAAACUGCUGGAGCACUUGCAUACUUGCACUCUUCGGCUUCUAUGCCAAUUAUACAUAGAGACGUGAAAACUACAAAUAUACUUUUAGAUGAUAACUACAUGGCAAAAGUGUCUGAUUUUGAAGCCUCAAGGUUGGUACCUCUUGAUCAAACACAGUUAACUACUUUGGUGCAAGGAACUUUUGGAUACUUGGAUCCCGAAUGCUUCCAUACUAGCCAACUAACAGAAAAAAGUGAUGUCUAUAGCUUUGGUGUUGUUGUGGCAGAGCAAUUAACGGGAAAGGAGGCACUAUCUUUCAAUAGGCCCGAAAGUGAUAGAAAUCUAGCAAUGUACUUUGUUUCUGCAAUAAAAGAGGAUCGCCUGCUUCAAAUUCUUGAGGAUCACAUUGUGAAUGAGAGUAGUAUUGAAGAGCUAAAGGAAGUUGCUAGUCUUGCAAAAAGGUGCUUAAGGGUAAGAGAGGAAGAUAGACCUUCUAUGAAGGAAGUGGCAAUGGAGUUGGAGGGAUUGACAAUUAUGGGGAAGCAUCCAUGGGGAAAGGCUCAUCUCUAUACAGAAGAGACUGAAUACUUGCUCAAUACCCCUACACACUCUUUCAACAUUGAUGUUGGCGCUAGUUGUUCUACUACUGAUUACGAUAGCAUGAGGAACAAUGUACUAAAACCAGUACUAGAUGAUCAUGGCAGAUAAUUUAUAAGUCUAUGGUGAUGCAUAAU